UUGUGGGGAUGAACCGAGACAGCCACACGUCACAGGGGCUCGUGAGACACAGACCCUGUCCCCAGCUGUCACAGACCUUUGCUUUUCCAUCCCUCAGCCAGGCUGCCCCCUAGGAGAGGCGGCACGAGAUGGGCUGUUAGGGGUGUGGGCUCUGGGGCUGCCUGAUUCUGUCCCAGCUCUACUGGCUGUGUGGCCUGGGACAGGUGUAUUAACCUCUCUGUGCCUCGUCUUCCUAAUUGUAAACAUGAGGAUGGUAAUGGCAUCUUGAGAGGGUUAAGUGAGCCUCUAUAUUUUAAGUGCUGAGUGCAGGGCUGGGCACACCUCAAGUGCUAUUGUAAUUGCCCCUUCUGGGCCAUGACCAAGCCUUGUUCUUAGAGAGCAUCGGAGACUUUAUCCGGAACAAUGGUGCCAUCCUCCCAGGAUGUUACCGGGAAAACCACCAAUCUUGUGACAGCUUCCCCUUUGGACAUGCCCAUUCCUGGGGUCUUGAUCUGCUGCCCCGAGGCAUUGUCCAGCCUGGGGCUCCUUCAUGUUCCCCAAGACCUGAGACCUGACCCAGGUUUUGGAGUGAGUUAAUGUGACCCUGGGCUGGGGAGCUGAGCUGGAGCCAUUACCCACAGAACCGCCGACCUUUCAAAGGACCAGAGGCCAUGGCCCUAGCCCUGGAGAGGAGGCCUGGGUUCCAGUCGAGCUGGUUUCCUGGGACAGAACAGCACUGUGGUCACUUCUCUGCUGGGUGAGUUCCCGUGGCCCCUGGGAGCUAGGCUGAGCAGCUGACCCCUUCUGGGUCCUUGGCUGAGUCUGGGCCUCAGGGUGUGGCUCUGUGGCUGGCACCCUGGGUCUCGGACCCUGUGGCAGGGGGUCAGACAACUGCCCAGACCCACCUGCUUUGAUGGUGACAGAUGCUAGGGGUGAGCCCCAGGGGCUGGCAGGGACCCCUGAGUCAUGCUCAGCCCUGUGCCCUCUGCCCACUGCUCCUCUGCUGUGUCACCAUCUGGGCACGGGCCAAACAGUUCAGGAGCGACUCACAGCCCAAACUUCCACCCCUGGGGCAUACACUUCACUGCCUACAAAGACCCUCAUUCAAUCUUGAGUGCUGCUGGCCCUCUAAGACUUGAAACUUUAUCCACAUUUCACAGAUGAGGAAUCAGGCCCAAGAGCUCGGAGCAGCCAGUGGUAGCAGAGCCCGAACCCAGUCUCCUGCCUCUUAGCCUGGACUUUUCCUCAGAGUACCACAGAUGGCCAUUCCCAUGAUAGGUAGUGAGUUCCCCACCUUUGUAGGUGUUCAAGUGUGGCAGGGGAGUUGCAGAAGCAACUUUGGCAUCGCAUGGGGCUCCUCUUCAUGGCUCCUUCCAGCCCUGAGCUUUCCUAGCCUUGGGGGAGAUGGGCACCCAAUUCCCACAUUCCCCGGAGUCGCUAUGUCCUUAAGCAUCACAUGGGUCUUUCUAGCUGCAUCAGGCCAUGCUUGUGGGCAGGUGGUGCCUCUAUCUAGAAACCCUCUUCAUAGCCUGGCUGUCUGGCAAGGUUCUUCCAAGGAACCUCCACCAUUGAAAGCCAUGAAUGCAUCUUCAGAGACUCCUGUCCAUGUGUAAAUAGCUCAGUGGGCUGGAUGGGAGGGAGCAGAGGGGGAGAGGGACCCAGCUGAAGAGGACUGGAGUGAACAGGGAGAGGCUGAGGGAGGUCAGGAGGGGCAGGACACCCACCUCCUGAAUCUUCAGGACCCGUUGCUCUCCCUUAUCCAACAGGCUUGAACCUGAAUAGGGGCAUUCCUGACCCCAUGGCACUCCCCCUGCCCCCCACCUGCCCAGAGCCAUGGGCAGUGGGCAAAGCUGGAAGAAACCCUUGUGCACAGCUUCCUCAAAGCUGUACUUAUCCUAUGCCAUGGCUGUGCUGGCCACACCUUCUGGGGGACUCUGCCACCUGUGCGCACACCUAGGGGACCAGGUGCACACGGUCUGUCCUCCAGCUCCUCUCCUGCCUGCCUCCUGGCACCUUAAGUGGAGGUGGUGGGAGCUGGGACCAGUGCAGCACCCUUGCCAGCCAUGGUGGGGGAGGACAGCCAGUGUCUCUUCAUGGAGAUCCUGCAGCAGGUGGUGGCAUGCCCCAGGGUCCCGUCUCUGUCUCCCUACCUGGGUUUGGGAAACUGGAGUCAGAACCUUUAGUGAUUGCGAUCUAGGAAGGACGGUAGUGUUUGCAAACCACGUGAGCACAGGAGUGAGCAAGGUCCAACCCCACCCCUGUUCCCUGGGCCGUGAGGCUUUGGGCCCUGUGGCUCAGCCCCUCUGAGCCUCCCUUUCCCUCUCUAUGGAGUAGCUGCUGCUGACUCUCCGUGUCGUUGCCAGGGCAUGCAGGACAACAGAGGCAGCCCAGGUAAAGGAGUGCACCAUGCUCCUUUGGAUCCAGUUUUACGAGCUCUGUGUCCCUGGGCAAGCUCCGUGUCCCUGUGUCCCUGCUAUAAAAUGGGAAUGAUAGUACCUCCUCAUAGAGUGGCCCUGGAAGCAUGGGAGGUCAAGUGCAUAUCCUAUUGUUUGCACUUGUACGUGGCUCUCUGCCCUGCCCCAGCUCUGCCUCGUGAGUCUCUGCAGACUAGUCCUCGGGACACACCCCACCCCCAGCCUGCUAGACCGCAGGACCCCAUGGCCAUAGGCACGUGCCCUUUCUCCUCCUUGCUUGACCUUGGAGAGCCUGUGGGGAGCCCAGGUGGGAGCUUGGGGUCUGCAGCAAUGGGAACGGGACCCACUUUUCUUUGCACAUCUGCUACCUGGGCUCCCCUUAGGCCCGAACCACGGGAGUGGGACUUUGAGAGUCUUGGGGGUGGUAAUUUUGCUUUAAUUUUGCUUUAAUGUAGAGAGAAAAUCCAAGGUUCAGUGCUCACAGAUUCAGAUGGAAUCUCAGACAUCUUCUAAUCCAGCAGCCAUUAAAGCUGUCUGUGGCCCCAGGGGCAUAGGAAAGGCAUGCGCUCCCAGGCUUCCGUGCUGUGAGACUUCUCAGAGCCUUUAUCGGGAAAGUAAAGGGGAGUUUGCCUUGUGUUUCAGAUCCUAUCAGGCUAUGCACAGUCUUGGGAACCCUUCUCUGGCCAAGCAGCCGGCAGAGGUGUGUGUGCUCCUGAUCCUGUUAGAUGCUGGAGAGUGGAGAUGGCUCAGUGCUCGAACCCUCUCCAUCCCCUAUGCCCUACCCCUCACAUAGCCUGAGUGGCACUUUUGGGUUGGAUCUUCUAGAUCUUCUAUCAGGAAUGGCUAUCUAGUAUCUAUCAGGAAUGGCUCCUUUUGGGAAGAGGUGUGGAGCCUGCCUGCCCUGGGUUAGAGUCCCAGCUCCGUCUCAGUCUUCAUUUACUCAUCCAGCAGUCACUGGGGAUCUUCUAUGGACCAGGCACUGUGCUAGGUACUGGAGAUGCAGGUGGUGAGCAAGACAGGUGAGACAGCAAAGCUGAGCAAGGGAUAACAGGUAAGCAAAUCGCAGAGUCAUGUCAGUGUUGGGUGCCAUAUGGGUAAUAAAUCACAUGGAAGCGAGUGAUGGAUACGGAAGAUAAUUUUAAUUGGGUGGUCAUGGAAGGCUUCUCAGAGGAGGGGACAUUUGAGUUGAGGCCUGAGAAAGAGGCAGUCAGGGAAAGGGUCCUGGAAAGGACGUGCUAUGCUGAGGGAAAAGUGCACGCAAAGACCCUGAGGUGUGUCUGAGGACAGAAGUCUAGAGUGGCUGGAGUUGGCGACUGCAAGGAAGGGAUGGGGUGGCGUAAGGCUGGGGGACGGGAGUAGGCUUGUGGUCACUGGCUUGUGAUUUCAGCAGUCCUGCUGCUCCCUGAGCCUCAGUUCUCUGACUUACAAAAUGAGCUUCAUCAUUUCAGUCCCCGCCCCCACCCUGGUCGGGAAUGUUGUAGGUGUGAAGUUAAGACAGUGCUUUGGCUUUUGGCUCUGGGCAGCAAUGAGCUAUUGCAGUUAUUUUUAUUAUUACCAUGAGUGGGAUGUUUAGGGACUAUGGGUGGGGCUGGGGAAGCUGUGCCUCUGUUUCUCUGGGUUGCUGUUGUAAGUGAGUGCCAAGUGUAUGUAAAAGGCGUGGUGUGCCUCGUCUGUACCUCCCCCCAGGUCCCCUGAACCACAGCCCCCUGCCAGCUCCCUUUAAGCACAGGAUCCUUUGAUGCAACAGAGGCCGCCUUCUCCGGCCAGCAAGCCCUGUGAGCCUUUCCGGGAGAAGGUUUCACCAGAGAACAGCAAGUCCUUUCUUUGCUUUCUUUUCCUCUUCCUCCGGGGGCCAAAAAUAGGGCCUGAAUGGGACCCAGCUCUGGGCCUGCAGUGAGACAAUAGCAGCCUCCUGACUGAAGCUGCCUCCUGGCUCUGCUCCACGGAGGGGCGGGGGAGAAGGGGAGUUGCAGAGACACCAUCCCCUCAGCCCCAAGCCCCUGCUGCCUUUCCCAUGGCCUCUGCCAGAAAUCGUCCCAAAGCCCCUUCCUCUGUUGGACUCCCCUCAGAAUGUGAUUGCCAGUGGGGUUUCCCACUUGUGCUCUGAGAAAGUGCUUGUAGCUGGUUGACUGAGACCCCAGGACCUUUUGCACCCCUGAGCAACCCCACCCUAUCUGCUGGCCUGGAACCAAAAACCUCGGUGGGGGUUCUAACCCCUGGUUCUUUUCUGUGCCCUGUCUGGGGCGUACCACAGUUUUUAUGUCCUUUUCCCUUUGACUCAGUGGGUAUGAAAAACUUAGAGAUCAAAGGAAUGUGCCCUCUUGGAAGAGAGCGAGUUCCCUGUCACUGGAGAUGUUCAAAUAAAGUUGGCUGAGCAUCGAACGUGGGGGAGAGUUAGGGAUUAGCCAAGUGCCAGAUGGACAACUGGUCUUCAUAGCUUCAUGUCCCAGAGAAAAUCUCCAUUUAAAUUCCAUACCCUUCCCUUACCAACUAGGUGGCUCACAGCAAGUCACAUCCCCCGAGCCUCUGUUUCCCAAUCUGUAAGGUGGGUCCCCUAGGGCUAACCUUGCAGAGUGGUAGAAAUGGAUCUCCAAAAUGCCCAGUGUAGUUCCUGGCACACAGUAGGAGUUUCAGAAGCUCUGCCUCUAUUUUCCUCCCUCCCCAGACUGGCAAAAGAGAAUCUGAGCUCCUAGCCCCCCGGGAGCUCUAGAAGGAAGCCAGGAGGAACCUCCAGGCCUAGGGCCAACUCAGAAGGGGGAUUCUUGGUAGGCUGUGGCAAUCUGAGAAGGCUUCCUGGAGGAGGUGGACCCUAAGGAGUUUUCAGAGAAAUAUGAUGCACACAUUGUGCUCACAAAAGCCAGUGGUGGAAGCCAGUGGUGGGAUUAGAGGGUGUUCAGCUUGUUUUGAGGGCAGGGCCACAGGCUGGCAGCUUCCAGAAGCAAAUCCAGCUACUGUUAGGCAUAAUUUGGUUACUGGGUGGCCUGCACUGGGUUCUAAAAAGAUUUGGUUUUGGGCCAGGCGCGGUGGCUCACACCUGUAAUCCCAGCACUUUGGGAGGCCGAGGCGGGCAUAUCAUGAGGUCAGGAGUUCGAGACCAGCCUGGCCAGCAUAGUGAAACCCCGUCUCUACUAAAAAUACAAAAAUUAGCCGGGCAUGGUGGCGGGCACCUGUAGUCCCAGCUACUCGGGAGGCUGAGGCAGGAGAAUCGCUUGAAACUGGAAGGCUGAGGUUGCAGUGAGCUGAAAUCACGCCACUGCACUCCAUCCUGGGUGAAAGAGCGAAACUCUGUUUGAGAAAAAAAAAAAAAGAUUUGGUUUUAAAGUCAAUGUUGACAAACUUGCAGAUUUCAUGUAAAAACCUGGGGCUCUGCCUCUCUCGAGAAAUUGGAAGCUCUGGCUCUUUGUGGUCCCUUCAAGACAGGCAGGUGUCCCCGGGGCUCCCCAUAAAUUGCUGUCCUAACCCCUGCCCUCCCUCCUGCCAGCUCCCUGUCUGGCCUGGGCAGCGUCUGAGUUGAGGACUUGGGCACAGGACAAGUUACAGAGCCACGUCGCUUUGCUGGGUCUGAGCCGGGCUGUGACGUAGUCCCUGCAGCUGCCAACGGUUGCCAGGGCAACGGUUGCCAGGGGCUGCUGUCACCUGCGCCCCUUCUCCCGCGCUGGCGGCUGGGGCUUCUCAGCCUCUAUUCCCUGGCUGUCCCCUUUGUUUGAAGCUCCAGUGAGGGAGCAGUGGCUGGGGUGGCCCAGCUUCAAAGUCUCUGUCCUCUUGAAAAGAGGUGGUCGGGGGACAUUGACCCACCAGCCCCGCAGGCUACUGCCUGCAAACAAGAACCCCUCAUCUGCCACGCACGUUCUUAAUGUAUCUAUAGUCCGCCUGAUGCCACAAAGGAGUCCAGGGUCUCGCUCUGUCACACAGGCUGGAGUGCAGUGGUGUGAUCUUGGCUCAUCGUAAACUCCACCUCCCAGGUUCAAGUGAUUCUCAUGCCUCAGCCUCCCGAGUAGCUGGGAUUACAGGGCCAAUCCAGGAGGGCUGAAGUGACGUGGUGGUUCUGCUUUGUCCUUCAGCCAUGCCUACUGACAGUGAAGGCUCACUUUGAAGGUGGUGACUUCCAAGAGUGACUCCGUGGGAGGAAAAUGACUGCCCAGUCGCUGCUGCAGACGACACUGUUCCUGCUGAGUCUGCUUUUCCUGGUCCAAGGUGCCCACGGCAGGGGCCACAGGGAAGACUUUCGCUUCUGCAGCCAGCGGAACCAGACACACAGGAGCAGCCUCCACUACAAACCCACAGCAGACCUGCGCAUCUCCAUCGAGAACUCCGAAGAGGCCCUCACAGUCCAUGCCCCUUUCCCUGCAGCCCACCCUGCUUCCCGAUCCUUCCCUGACCCCAGGGGCCUCUACCACUUCUGCCUCUACUGGAACCGACAUGCUGGGAGAUUACAUCUUCUCUAUGGCAAGCGUGACUUCUUGCUGAGUGACAAAGCCUCUAGCCUCCUCUGCUUCCAGCACCAGGAGGAGAGCCUGGCCCAGGGCCCCCCGCUGUUAGCCACUUCUGUCACCUCCUGGUGGAGCCCUCAGAACAUCAGCCUGCCCAGUGCCGCCAGCUUCACCUUCUCCUUCCACAGUCCUCCCCACACAGCCGCUCACAAUGCCUCGGUGGACAUGUGCGAGCUCAAAAGGGACCUCCAGCUGCUCAGCCAGUUCUUGAAGCAUCCCCAGAAGGCCUCAAGGAGGCCCUCGGCUGCCCCCGCCCGCCAGCAGUUGCAGAGCCUGGAGUCGAAGCUGACCUCUGUGAAAUUCACGGGGGACACGGUGUCCUUUGAGGAGGACCGGAUCAACGCCACGGUGUGGAAGCUCCAGCCCACAGCCGGCCUCCAGGACCUGCACAUCCACUCCCGGCAGGAGGAGGAGCAGAGCGAGAUCUUGGAGUACUCGGUGCUGCUGCCUCGAACGCUCUUCCAGAGGACGAAAGGCCGGAGAGGGGAGGCUGAGAAGAGACUCCUCCUGGUGGACUUCAGCAGCCAAGCCCUGUUCCAGGACAAGAAUUCCAGCCAAGUCCUGGGUGAGAAGGUCUUGGGGAUUGUGGUACAGAACACCAGAGUAGCCAACCUCACGGAGCCCGUGGUGCUCACCUUCCAGCACCAGCUACAGCCGAAGAAUGUGACUCUGCAAUGUGUGUUCUGGGUUGAAGACCCCACAUUGAGCAGCCCGGGGCAUUGGAGCAGUGCUGGGUGUGAGACCGUCAGGAGAGAAACCCAAACAUCCUGCUUCUGCAACCACUUGACCUACUUUGCAGUGCUGAUGGUCUCCUCGGUGGAGGUGGACGCCGUGCACAAGCACUACCUGAGCCUCCUCUCCUACGUGGGCUGUGUUGUCUCUGCCCUGGCCUGCGUUGUCACCAUUGCCGCCUACCUCUGCUCCAGGGUGCCCCUGCCGUGCAGGAGGAAACCUCGGGACUACACCAUCAAGGUGCACAUGAACCUGCUGCUGGCCGUCUUCCUGCUGGACACGAGCUUCCUGCUCAGCGAGCCGGUGGCCCUGACAGGCUCUGAGGCUGGCUGCCGAGCCAGUGCCAUCUUCCUGCACUUCUCCCUGCUCGCCUGCCUUUCCUGGAUGGGCCUCGAGGGGUACAACCUCUACCGACUUGUGGUGGAGGUCUUUGGCACCUAUGUCCCUGGCUACCUGCUCAAGCUGAGCGCCAUGGGCUGGGGCUUCCCCAUCUUUCUGGUGACGCUGGUGGCCCUGGUGGAUGUGGACAACUAUGGCCCCAUCAUCUUGGCUGUGCAUAGGACUCCAGAGGGCGUCAUCUACCCUUCCAUGUGCUGGAUCCGGGACUCCCUGGUCAGCUACAUCACCAAUCUGGGCCUCUUCAGCCUGGUGUUUCUGUUCAACAUGGCCAUGCUAGCCACCAUGGUGGUGCAGAUCCUGCGGCUGCGCCCCCACACCCAAAAGUGGUCACAUGUGCUGACACUGCUGGGCCUCAGCCUGGUCCUUGGCCUGCCCUGGGCCUUGAUCUUCUUCUCCUUUGCUUCUGGCACCUUCCAGCUUGUCGUUCUCUACCUUUUCAGCAUCAUCACCUCCUUCCAAGGCUUCCUCAUCUUCAUCUGGUACUGGUCUAUGCGGCUGCAGGCCCGGGGUGGCCCCUCCCCUCUGAAGAGCAACUCAGACAGCGCCAGGCUCCCCAUCAGCUCGGGCAGCACCUCAUCCAGCCGCAUCUAGGCCUCCAGCCCACCUGCCCAUGUGAUGAAGCAGAGAUGCGGCCUCGUCGCACACUGCCUGUGGCCCCCAAGCCAGGCCCAGCCCCAGGCCAGUCAGCCGCAGACUUUGGAAGGCCCAACAACCAUGGAGAGAUGGGCCGUUGCCAUGGUGGACGGACUCCCGGGCUGGGCUUUUGAAUUGGCCUUGGGGACUACUUGGCUCUCACUCAGCUCCCACGGGACUCAGAAGCAUGCCGCCAUGCUGCCUAGGGUACUGUCCCCACAUCUGUCCCAACCCAGGUGGAGGCCUGGUCUCUCCUUACAACCCCUGGGCCCAGCCCUCAUUGCUGGGGGCCAGGCCUUGGAUCUUGAGGGUCUGGCACAUCCUUAAUCCUGUGCCCCUGCCUGGGACAGAAAUGUGGCUCCAGUUGCUCUGUCUCUCAUGGUCACCCUGAGGGCACUCUGCAUCCUCUGUCAUUUUAACCUCAGGUGGCACCCAGGGCAAAUGGGGCCCAGGGCAGACCUUCAGGGCCAGAGCCCUGGCGGAGGAGAGGCCCUUUGCCAGGAGCACAGCAGCAGCUCGCCUACCUCUGAGCCCAGGCCCCCUCCCUCCCUCAGCCCCCCAGCCCUCCCUCCAUCUUCCCUGGGGUUCUCCUCCUCUCCCAGGGCCUCCUUGCUCCUUCGUUCACAGCUUGGGGUCCCCGAUUCCAAUGCUGUUUUUUGGGGAGUGGUUUCCAGGAGCUGCCUGGUGUCUGCUGUAAAUGUUUGUCUACUGCACAAGCCUUGGCCUGCCCCUGACCCAGGCUCGGUACCGAUGCCUGGGCUGGGCUAGGUCCCUCUGUCCAUCUGGGCCUUUGUAUGAGCUGCAUUGCCCUUGCUCACCCUGACCAAGCACACGCCUCAGAGGGGCCCUCAGCCUCUCCUGAAGCCCUCUUGUGGCAAGAACUGUGGACCAUGCCAGUCCCGUCUGGUUUCCAUCCCACCACUCCAAGGACUGAGACUGACCUCCUCUGGUGACACUGGCCUAGAGCCUGACACUCUCCUAAGAGGUUCUCUUCAAGCCCCCAAAUAGCUCCAGGUGCCCUCGGCCACCCAUCAUGGUUAAUUCUGUCCAACAAACACACACGGGUAGAUUGCUGGCCUGUUCUAGGUGGUAGGGACACAGAUGACCGACCUGGUCACUCCUCCUGCCAACAUUCAGUCUGGUAUGUGAGGCAUGCGUGAAGCAAGAGCUUCUGGAGCUACAGGGACAGGGAGCCAUCAUUCCUGGCUGGGAAUCCUGGAAGACUUCCUGCAGGAGUCAGCGUUCAAUCUUGACCUUGAAGAUGGGAAGGAUGUUCUUUUUACAUACCAAUUCUUUUGUCUUUUGAUAUUAAAAAGAAGUACAUGUUCAUUGUAGAGAAUUUGGAAACUGUAGAAGAGAAUCAAGAAGAAAAAUAAAAAUCAGCUGUUGUUAUCACCUAGCAAA